GAAGAAGAAGAGGCUGGGAACUGGGUGAGAAAGGAAGGGGAGGCAAGACUACAACUGGGGUCUUCGCAACUAGAGGAGACGUCCAUUACCAGGCGAGUCUACCUUUAUUGGCCUUGGGUUCCCAUUACCAUCCCAGGCAUUCAGCAGGGGGCCAUGUGAAGCCUUGCUUAUAUCCUCCACCACCAUUCUUCGGCCUUCAGCCAAGAAACAUACAAAGCAUGAUCUCUGGACAACAUUAUAUUCUCCACUUGCACUUGUAGAGGUUCACCACUUCACAUCUGAGAGAAUUCUGUCACUAGAAAUCAUGUCUGAAAUUUCAGAAGACCGGGAUAAAAUAAAAAAAGGCUUGAAAAUGGCACUGGAAUGUGUGGCUUCUAUUUCUUCAGCUGCUGCUGUAGUUAAUCCUAUAUUUGGUUUAGCAGGAUCCAUAAUCAGAGUUGUUCUCCACAAUAUAGACGAUGAGGAUAUCAACACUCUAAAGAGAGAAUUUAAAAGUGUUCACUCUGGGUUAGAUAAAAUUUCCCAGCAAAAUAAGAGAACAUUAAUGCAGAUCCAGAAAGAAACUCUGGAUGGCCAAUAUUCCCGAAUAGAGGAGAACCUCAAAAAUCAAUUUCGGAAAUUCAUGGAAAUUGUGGAGGCUAAACCUGAACAGAAAGAGCAGAAAAAAAAUAAAUUUGAGGAAAGCUUUGCUAAUGAUGAUGGAGAUCAGAAUUUACAUACACUCUAUGAUGGAGUGAUGGGAAAGCCCAAACUGUUCAGCAAACCGAUUCUGGAUGUGUACAUGAAAUUCUCAAAUGGAGAUCGUCGGAUUAUGGAACCUCUGUGCACGCGUUUGACGUACUUGUUCUGCAUUGGUCUUAUUGCCCUGAUGGGUUAUACAGCUAUCAUUGAGGAUGAUGAGGAUGAGAUCAGAGAAGACUGGGGAAAGAAAAUGGAAGAUGUACAGCGGCAAAUGCAAACUGUGUUGAGCGCCUGCCAUUAAGCAAAAGUAUUGUUAGACAAAAAGAGACAUGUUGCAAAUCAGAAAAAUGAAGAGAAAAAAUCUACUGCUUGUCAUUUCUAAAUGGAUGUUUUCAGUGAGGAAUGCAGAAAAAACUUUGAUCAGCAAAUAGUACAAAAAUUUGGCUUGUCUGACGUGAAACAACCUUUAAAUUUUAAAUGUAUUUACACUGCAUCAACAGAUAAUCACUAUAUACCAAGUAUACACAAACACACUGUGAGAAGUCAUGUGGUUGCUUAAUACUAUUUCAGUUUACACGUAUGUUCAUAAGGUGUACGCUGCCAUUUUAGUCAAAUGCUCUUCUGUCUGGUGAAAAGUCCACCCUUUAUAACAAUGGCAUCAGACUUUUCUCCAAUUCUUAAUGUUUUUCUUUAAUCAUGCAUUCUGUUUAACCUUUGCUAUGGAUUAGUGACCUAUUCCUUUGCAAAUGGGGAAGAAAAACAUACUUUUCCAACUUUAUUAUGUACUAUGCUUGUAUACAUUUAUUUACAUAUACAAACAUGCACUUAUAGAAAAUGAGAUCCAUUAAAUCACUCUACAUAUUGAGUGACAAUUUUGUGGAUUUGUACUCCGCACUAACUGCAGAUAUCUGAGCUCCAGUUUGUACAGUGAUUUGCCAUGUAUUGUUUUAUUUCCUCAGUUUGUUCAGUUUCAUUGUUAAUCAUAAUAUGCUUAACAAAGCACAGGAAACAUGUACAUAAGUCAAGCUGAGACCAAAACUGGCACUUCCUAUAUUCCUGUAAGUUUUCACAUGAGCUAAAUAUUUUUUUUUGUGGAUAAACGUAAUGUGAAAUCACAUACAUAAAAACUAUAAUACCCAUUUCAUUCUGUCUUUUUUUUAAGUUAAUAGAAAGAGAUUUGUUAAUAAAAAAAGAAAGCUAAUAGUACUCUGAUCCAGUAAUUCUGGGAAGUGAGUGUUAGGAUUGCAGUAGGAUAGUGCCUGCGUUGCUGUGCAUAUAUUUUUUAAUAGAAACAAACUUUUAAAUAUCUUAAUUUUACAUUUGGAAUGAAAGUGUAUCCAGGUGAAAUAAAAGUUUGUUCCAUUUAUUUUAUUAUGACAUCGUCACACCCUUUCUAUCAUUACUAUUCAUAUCCCUGAGUGCUGUCAUAUCUGCAGUCAGCAGGUCUGUACAUUAAUAUUACAUUCUAUUUGAUAAACCACAAUUACCAUACUCAAAGUACCAAAAACAGGCUACUUUAAAUUGGCUAUAGAUAUGUGUAAAGUUUUUAGACUUGCAACAAAAGGGGUUGGGGUUAGGGGGUUACGUGACCUGCUCAGGAGCAGACUGGAAGUCAAACAACAUAAAGACUGAGAGCCCCCUGUGUUUAAAGGCCAGUGCCAUAGCCCCCACACAGUCUUUUUCCUGUCAUAGUCUAAUAAUUUUAAACCAAAAAUGUAAGUGUUUGGAUACCUGGUGAUUCUGCACUGUGGGUAUGUGAGUGGCCCUGUCCAGAACCGUUUCCUGCCUUGCUACCAGUGCUGCAGUGAUAGGCAUCAGCCCUUUGUGACACUGGAAUGGAUUAAGUGGAUUUGUUAAAAGUAUGUCCAAUAAAAUAGAUUGUAUUCUAAUGGAAAAAAUAUUUUUACCAAGUAAGGUAAAAGCCUUUUGUCUAGUUUUCUAUUCAAUUCAGUCCAUAACUGUGGAGUUGGACUCUAUUCUACACACUUUUUGGGAAUGGCUGAAACAAGCCCUGGUUGGAUGUGACAUUCCUUCAUAGGAAACACGCACACACACACACACCCUCCUAUGUGGACAAUUUUUGGUCCCUUUCAUAUUCUGAAAGUAGAAGGACCCUGAAAUACAUAAAACAGAUCCAAAACACAACUAUCUUCACAAAAAUGAAGUCUUGGCUCUUUAAUGUGAUAAUUGUGUUGAGCCUCUUGCUUUGAAGUGAGGUCUUAACGUAGGAAUGAUGCACUUUAUAGUAAUUUUGCCUUUAACCUCUAACUAGCUGUAACAUGUCCAACCUUUCCUAACGUGAGCCUGUUUUGUCAGUUUAUUUCAAGCAUUAGUUCACUGCAUAGGUUUCUGUAAGCAUUAAAACUGAAACUUGUUUCAAAGUGAAUAUACAAUACACAAAUACUGUUAACCUUUAAAGACCUGCUUCUUCCUAUACGUUUUCCAUCUUUGAAUUUGCCUUCAGUAUCAAACUGCAUUCCACAUUAGAUGCAUGUCACAUUUUGUGAGGUGUUGGUAAUCUUUGUUAAUUACUUACAAUUAACUAAUUAUUACUGAUGUUAAGUUAAAGACAACAUCUGCAAUUGAAGCAAAUGUCAUGCAAUGAUCAAGCAUACCUUGCUAGUCUUGUGUGUUGCAGCUUGCAUGUCUUUAUAAAAUGUGUAAACUUCUGCUAAAUGUGCUAUAGAAGAGUUAUAAUACAUUUAAACUAUUUGUAUUUAAACAUAUUAAAAUGUACAAAUGUAUUUAUGCAGCUUAUAGCUAAUCUAUUUGACCUAUGUAUAAAUACAGCUGCCUUAUUCAAUAUGCUGGUACUGUUACUUAUAUAAAUGCAUAAAAGCUUAAUUCUGUAAUAUCUGAAAUCGGUUCGUUGUUUUUUUCCAUCUUGAAUUACUACAUAUUACUAGAACAGAAUUUUGUCCCUGCUUGCUGUUCUAUCAAAACUAUUUUUAAAUUUUCAGCUGUAUCCUUGGCAAUUGUAAUAGCUAAAAUAUCAUGUGUAUUAAUGUAUUUUUGUUGCCUGUUAUUAAUAAAAUAAAUCUCAUUCAUUUUUAUAAUACCUUUUCAAAUGUAGGACACAAAGUUAGAAACCAUGGAUAUGCUUAUGCUGUGUGUUGUGAGAUUUUCCCAUAUUUAGUCUUCAUAGCCGAUUUUCAUUUGGAAGAAAAUUAAUAAAACUACAACAUUU